AUGACUACCUCCACCUCCCUGCUACUGUCGUUUGAGAAGCUGAAGGGACAAGAAAAUUACUCCCUAUGGAAAUUCCAGUUGUCGAAGUUUCUUGAAUUGGACGACCUAUGGAUAGUCACCGAUCCUGCAGUAGCUGAGAACUCCUCAUUGUACGCAGAUGAUGGUAAAAAGGCCGAGCAGCGGAAGGCUCUAGCAAAAAUCUCCCUCAUGGUUGAACCUGCAUGCAUCGUUCACAUCAGGAACUGUACUACUCCUUAUGAUGCCUGGAAAAACUUGAAAGAAGCUUUUGAAAGUUCUGGCGCUAGCCAAAAUCACAUGUGUAAUAAUGCUAAUAAUCUUGUAAAUUUUCAAACUAAUGUCUCAAGUGAAAGUAUCACAACAGCAAACAAUCAGAUCUUAAAAUCUAAAGGUAAAGGUGAUUAUAUAGUUCAGCUUCAAGGUCACAAUGAGCCUUCAACCAUUAAAAAUGUCCCGUACAUUCCCAAUUUAGCAGUCAACCUUCUAUCUAAAGCACCAGAUCAAAACAAAAACCUGCCUGGACGGAUAACUACUUCUUACUUCAAGCUUUGCUACAUGAAAUUUGACAUUAUUCGCCGAAUUUUGGAAGAUUUUUUUAAUCUAAAGGUACACUACAUAAUGGGUGUAACUGAUAUUGAUGAUAAAAUAAUUUUGAAGGCAAACGUUCUGAAAGAGAAUUUUAAAACUCUUGCAAAACUGUAUGAAUUUGAAUUUUUUUCGGAUCUUCGGAAGCUUAAUAUUUUGCCUCCACAUACCAUUGCCCGAGUUUCAGAUCACAUAUUGGAAAUACAGAACUGUGUUGAUGAAUUAAUGAAGAAAGAAGUCGCGUAUUCUGCACCAGACGGAUCAGUUUAUUUUGAUACACAGAAAUAUGGAUGUUAUGGAAAAUUAUAUUGGACCCCAGAGGAAAAUUUAUCGGAACCAAAUAGCCCGCACAAAAAGCAUCCCUUAGAUUUCGCUCUGUGGAAAGGCAUGAAACCAAAUGAGCCCUUUUGGGAAACUCCUUGGGGCUGUGGAAGACCAGGCUGGCAUAUUGAAUGCUCUGUAAUGGCCAGCAAAUAUUUUGGCUCCCAAAUUGAUAUACACAGUGGAGGAAUAGACCUACUUUUUCCUCACCAUGAAAAUGAAGAAGCUCAAUGCUGUGCCUAUCAUAAUAUCUCACAAUGGGUCAACUAUUGGAUUCACUCAGGUCAUCUCUUCUUGAAAGGCACCACUAAGAUGUCAAAGUCUCUGGAAAACACCAUAGAUGUUGAUGAAUGUUUAGAGAAAUACACGCCUAAUGAUUUUCGUUUCAUGUGUCUACUAUCACGGUACCGCAACAGUUUAGAAUAUGAGUCAGAUAUUAUGAAUAAGGCCAUCUCAUUGCGAAAAAAAUUUGGAACAUUCCUUGAAAAUACAUCGGACUUCAUUCGCUCUCUUCAUAAUCAAGGGAAUGUGGAUGAAGUGAAACUGUUUAAGGCCCUGCAAGAAACAGAGGAAAACGUUCGCUCAGCUCUAGCAAAUGAUUUUAAUACAGUCCGUGCAAUGUCGCUGUUGACAGAUAUAGUUUCACUCACAAAUAAUAUGAUUCAAGCAGAAAGUUCUUCGCCAUUUGAAUCAAAAGGCAUUGUUGCUGUAGCGUGCGUAGCUAAUUUUGUAAAAAAGACUCUGUCUCUAUUAGGAGUCGAUUAUGAACCAACCCAGGUCUCGAAGAGCUCCCUAAAUCUAAUGGAGGAUGUCGUCUCUACCUCAGUGGCAUUCCGCAAUCAGAUUAGGAAGGUAGCAAUUGCAGCAUUGAAAGAAAAAGAGAACAACAAUAAGCGAGAAAGCCUGCUUCCCCACAAAAUUGCAGAUUAUCCUUAUCAAAAAGUAGGCAUGGAUUAUAUGGAAUUCAACAAAGAUCUGUACAUAGUGAUAGUGGAUUACUGUUCUCAAUAUCCAGAAAUAGCAAAAAUCAGUAAUACCAAGGCCAGUAGCCUCAUAACACAGGUUUUGGACGCAACAAAUACAUUUAAAUCCCUUCUUCAAGCCUGUGAUCAAUUCAGAGACGAAUUCCUAACAGCUGGAAUAGUUAUAAGGGAUCACAAAGACCAAUCAGCAUGGAGUUUUGAUAAAAAUAAAAACACCUAAAACCAAGUCUGUCGGUAGGCCUUUCCUAUGACAUAAGUACGGAGCGGAAACUUAACUGGCAGAAUCCUCAGUGGUGUAAAAAGGAAAUUUUUAUAUUUAAUAUUGAUCUGAAAAUAUACAUUUCCAAUACUGAAGAAACAA